AUGGAUCUUGACAAGAUGACCGACGGCGAGCGCGUCGCCGCGGCGACCGGGCAGGACCUUGAGCAGGCUCGCCGUGGCCUGGAGCUGCCGCCGUCCGCCGGCCAUGGCACCAACCGUCUCGCCAUUGGCAAUCUCAUACGGGAGGUACAGAGAAACGACCUGGAGGGCGUGGCGACGUUCCUGGUGGUGUUCUGGUCGUGCACGGCGGCGGUGAUGCAGGAGACGCGCCACGCGCUCAGUUUCCCGACGGUGUGCCUCGUCGUCGGCCUCACCGUCGCCUUCGUGCUGGGCUGGAUGGGCCCGGCGCACCUCAACCCAGCCGUCACCGUCACCUUCGCCGCCUUCCGCUACUUCCCCUGGCGCAAGCUCCCGCUCUACGCCGCGGCCCAGCUCGGCGCCUCCGUGCUCGCCUGCCUCUCCGUCAACGCCGUCAUGCGGACGCGCGAGGAGGACUUCUACGGCACCGUGCCCAGGCCGCCGGGCGCGGGCGCGCGGCUGCCGUUCCUCCUGGAGCUCCUCGCCUCCGCCGUGCUCAUGAUCGUCAUCGCCACCGUCGCCAGGAGCUCGGCCAGCAAGGCGGUGGGAGGGAUGGCCAUUGGAGCGGCGGUGGGGACGCUGGGGCUGGUGAUCGGGCCGGUGUCGGGAGGGUCGAUGAACCCGGUGAGGAGCCUGGGCCCCGCGAUCGUCUUCGGGAGGUACACCCACAUCUGGAUCUACGUCGUCGCCCCCGUCGCCGGCAUGCUGCUCGGCGCGCUCUUAAACUUAGCCGUCCGGCAGUCCGAUGCGAUCGUUGGUUUCCUUUGUGGCGGCAGAGGAACGUCAAGCAGAGUCGUCGUCAUCGCUCGCCCCGUCGGUGCAACAGCUGGGUGUUUACAUGAACCGGAUUUUCACCCCUACAAAGUGCACACGUCAGACCGCACCGUCGACCACAUUCGGUACAUCGACGGUGCCCUGCCUGUUUACGUGUUCGCCAACGCGUUUCUUGUGUCAUCAGCUCCAGCUCCCAGUUCACACGCCUCUCUUUCAGUUUGUGUUGGCACGCAGAGCGUGUGCGCCAGCCUACACAACAGCGGGAGCACAGAGGAGAAGGGAGCUAGCUCCUGA